AUGGCGGGCAAUGCCUCAAGUGGCGGUCCCGGGAGCAGGACGGCUGCGGAGGAAUCCCAGUCCAGAUCCUCCGACGGAUACGAUGGCCACAAUGUUCACGAUGACCGUUAUCCUGACCCAACGCGUGUCUCGGGCUCUCGGCCAAAGAGGCAUGUGGAGACGUCGCCUCAAAGCUUCACAUCCCGCUCGCUCCUGGUCGGCCUUCUUAUCGGCGCCCUAAUCACUUUCUCAAAUACUUAUUUCGGCCUGCAAACCGGCUGGAUUAGCACAAUGGCCAUGCCAUCGGCCUUGAUAGGCUUUUCCGUUUUCAAAGUCAUGUCAAAAUACCUCUCGUAUCCGUUUACCCCAAUUGAAAACGUCCUCAUCCAGACCGUCGCGGGAGCCGUGGGAACAAUGCCGCUAGGAUGUGGGUUCGUCGGUGUGAUCCCGGCACUGGAGUUUCUCAUUAGAGAUGGUGAUGAUGGGCCUUCAGGUGAUGGAGGUGCUGGCGAAGGCGGACCACUGAAGUUGAAUUUCUUCAAGCUGGUCAUCUGGAGUCUGGGCGUGUGCCUCUUCGGGGUUGUGUUUGCCGUGCCAUUGAGGAAGGAGGUUCUUAUUCGGGAGAAACUGAAGUUCCCAAGUGGAACUGCAUCAGCUUUGAUGUUGAGAGUGUUGCAUGGAAGCGGGGGCGAAGAGAAGACCAAGUCAGGUCAGGGACGAGUACGUCGCGAUGAAGAGGAGGAAGCCGGUGUACCAUCUUCGGAGUCUGAGGAGAGUGGUACUCUACUCCAGAAGGAUACUCCUGAAGCUUCAAGCGACGAAAAGAAGGAUUGGCGGUCAAAGAUGCGUCUCUUGGUUGGCGCAUUCGCCGUCUCUGGUGUUUACACCUUGUUCUCCUACUUUGUGCCCCAAGUCCGCGGGAUCCCCAUUUUUGGCGUGGCGCUCGCCAAAAACUGGCUAUGGACCCUUAACCCGUCGCCGGCAUAUGUCGGCCAGGGCAUCAUCAUGGGCCCCGCCACAUGUAUGCAUAUGUUGUUUGGCGCCGUGUUGGGCUGGGGUAUCUUGUCUCCCCUGGCCAAGGCUCGCGGCUGGGCUCCCGGCCCUGUGAACAGCUGGGAAGAUGGAAGCAAGGCCUGGAUUGUGUGGGUGUCUCUAGCUAUCAUGCUCGCAGACUCCCUCGUCAGUCUCGGUUGGCUAGUACUCAAGCCGACAAUCCGCCAUGCCCCCAAACUUGUGAGUGCGGCAGCAUCCAGCCCGGCCGGACGCUGGUUUGCCUCCAAAACCCCAGCUUCAUAUAAUCGCCGCUCAUAUACCGGCUAUUCUGCGUUGAGCCCUAUCUCCGAGGAAUCCUCUAUCCCAAGCCGCCUCACUACACCUGCAACGAGGGACAGCGCAGGCGAGGACGAAGAACAAGACGCGCCCCCGUCGCAACUUAUCUCAACCAAGACCGUGAUCAUCUUGCUUCCUCUGACUCUUCUUCUGAACGUCAUCUGCAUGCAGAUCGUCUUCGGGGACGUGAUAUCUCCAUUCCUGUCCUGCCUUGCCACCCUGUUAGCAGUUCUGCUGUCCGUCAUGGGCGUACGCGCAUUAGGAGAGACCGAUCUCAACCCGGUCUCGGGAAUCAGCAAGCUGACACAGCUUCUCUUCUCCCUCGCGACGCCGGCCUCUCUCUUCUCUCGCCGCACAGCGCUCGUCACCAACCUCCUCGCCGGCGCCGUCUCCGAGUCGGGCGCCCUCCAAGCCGGCGACAUGAUGCAGGACCUGAAGACGGGCCACAUUUUGGGCGCAAGUCCCAAGGCCCAGUUCUAUGGCCAGAUGAUCGGCAGCCUAGUCGGCGCCGUGCUCUCCACCGCCGUGUACAAAAUGUACGUGAAUGUGUACGAAGUGCCGGGGCCGAUGUUCCAGACCCCGACGGCAUAUGUGUGGAUCUUCACGGCCCGCCUGGUCACGGGCCAGGGUUUGCCCCCGAUGGCAUGGCAGGCGUCGAUGGUCGCUGGCGUCGUCUUCGUGGCUGUGACGGUGCUCCGCAUCGUUGCUGCGUCUCCAUGCGCGAACGGCGGUCGACGCGAUGCCACCGCACCGUGGAAGGCAUGGAUCCCCGGCGGCAUUGCCGUUGCCGUGGGAAUCUUCAACGAACCAUCCUUUACGCUGGCAAGAGCCAUCGGAGGCGUGAUCGCCUGGUGGUGGGCCCGAAAGCAUGCCAGGGACGAAGUUGCGGCGCCAACACAGAUUGCAGGGAGUGAUGGAGCCGUGACUACUGCGGCUGAGAGCACAGGACGGGAGAGAUCCGGGCCCGCGCCCACCACGGAUGCUGAUGAUGCGUCGUCAACCGUGGUUGUUUUAGCCUCGGGACUUAUACUGGGCGAGGGCAUCAUCAGCAUUGUUAAUCUUCUUCUGGCUAGUGGGAGCGUUCCUCAUCUUUAG